UGGGAGAAAUAAUUGUUUGGUAGUUAUUAGGAAGGUGUUAAAUCAUGAAUACAGUUUUCAUGCCCUAGUCUUAAUUGGUUUAGUGUAAUAUUGUGGUUUCGCCUUUAUUUCUAUGAUGUGCCUUUACCUUGUGUACCGUCGAUAGAUCUCGUACACAUCUCGUAGAUAGGUUUGUGCUCGAGAGGAAGAUGACGGUUUUAAUCUGCUACUGUGUUAUUAUUUCCGCUUAAUUGCACGAUAACUAUAUUCAAGAUGACCACAAACACAAAAUCGGCGAAUGUUACAUUGAGGCCGAUUGAGGUGCCGAAAGCUUUGCAGGAUGGAGAGAAGUUCAUGAAAUGGGAUGAGGAUUCAGGGCAGACAGGCUUGCCAGUUACCCUGAGGGUGGAUGCCAAGGGGUUCUUCCUGUUUUGGACUGAUCAGAAUAUGGAAGUGGAGAUGCUGGACAUCGCCACCAUCAGAGAUGUGAGGACAGGAAUCCACGCCAAAGUCCCAAAAGACCAAAAGAUCCGGAACGUGGUGUUGUUCGGAUCGCAGGGCUCGCUGGAAGAGAAGACUGUGACCGUGUGCUAUGGGGCGGAUUUUGUCAACGUCACCUUCAUCAACUUCUGCUGCACGAGGAAGGAAAUUGCUCAGAUGUGGACCGAAGAGCUUUUCGCACUGGCGUACAACCUGAACCAGCUCAACAAUCCUACCAUCAAGUUUCUCGAGAAAAUGCAUACCAAGAUCAUCCUCAAAGCAGACAAAUCUGGAAAAAUACUCGUUAAAAAUAUCGUCCGCCUAUUCGCCCAGAACAAGGAUGACAAGAAGCGGGUGGAGAAAGCCCUCAGCGAGUCGGGGCUUCCUACAGGCAAGAACGACACCAUCAGCCAAUCCAAGUUCCAGUUUGAGGACUUUUUCAACUUCUACAAGAGCCUCACGCAGCGGAGCGACGCGCAAAAGAUAUUCAACAGCCUGACGGACGGCAAGCCGCACCUAUCAGCAGCACAGCUAGUGGACUUCCUCAACGAAGUGCAGCGGGACCCGCGUCUCAACGAGAUCCUACACCCGUACGCCGACAUCCAGAAAGCCAAGGACCUGAUUAAGGCAUACGAACACAACAAGUACCACCAGCAGAGAUCGCAGCUAACGUUCGACGGAUUUCUGAGGUUUUUAAUGUCAGAGGAUAACCCAAUAGUGGCGCCCAACAAGUUAGACCUGAGCGACGACAUGGACCAGCCGAUGGCGCACUACUUCAUCAAUAGCUCGCACAACACGUACCUCACCGGCCACCAGAUCACCGGCAAGUCCAGCGUCGAGAUCUACCGCCAGAGCUUGCUCGCCGGCUGCAGAUGCGUGGAAUUAGAUUUCUGGAACGGGCGCACGGAGGAGCCGGUGAUCGUGCACGGCUACACGUUCGUGCCCGAGAUCAGCGCCAAGGAGGUGCUGGAGGCGAUCGCCGAGAGCGCCUUCAAGACCUCCGACUUCCCCGUCAUCCUCAGCUUCGAGAACCACUGCAACCCGCGCCAGCAGGCUAAGAUCGCCAACUACUGCCGGGACAUAUUCGGCGACAAACUGCUGGACCGCCCCUUGGACUCGCAUCAACUCGAACCAGGAGGAGAGCUGCCGCCGCCAUUGCUGCUUCGCCAUAAGAUAAUAAUUAAGAACAAGAAAAAACACCACCACCACCACAAGAAGGAGGACUCCCUGGCGUCCGAGGAGAGCGAGGCGAGGCCCGAGCCCUCCGUGCAGGGCAAUGGAGACGUGUCUCACGGAAGUCUCGUACGACAAAGUUCAAAAGACUCAUCGUCAUCAUCGGACUCUGAAAGUUCGUCGGGCGAGGAGGAAGCGGGCGGCGCGGAGGGCGGCGGCGAGGAGCCGCGCGAGACGCACGCCGGCGCCGAGAUCUCCGCGCUCGUCAACUACGUGCAGCCCGUGCACUUCAGCUCCUUCGAGAGCGCAGAGAAAAAAGGUCGUUUCUACGAGAUGUCGUCAUUUGACGAGAAGCAGGCGACAGCUCUGCUCAAAGAGCGGCCGAUCGAGUUCGUCAACUAUAACAAACACCAGCUAUCGCGAGUCUACCCCGCUGGGACGCGCUUCGAUUCGUCCAAUUUCAUGCCACAGGUGUUCUGGAACGCGGGCUGCCAGCUGGUGGCGCUGAACUACCAGACGCUGGACCUGGCGAUGCAGCUGAACCUCGGAACCUUCGAGUACAACCGCCGCUGCGGCUACGUGCUCAAGCCGGAGUUCAUGCGACGAAAGGACCGUCGCCUGGACCCAUUCGCGGAGAGCACCGUGGACGGCAUCAUCGCGGGCUCGCUGGCCGUCACCGUGCUGUCGGGCCAGCUGCUCACCGACAAGCGUUGCGGCACCUACGUGGAGGUGGACAUGUUCGGUCUGCCCGCCGACACCGUGCGCAAGAAGUUCCGCACCAGGGUCGCGCCCAACAACGGCAUCAAUCCCGUCUAUGGAGAGGAGCCGUUCGUCUUCAAGAAGGUGGUGUUGCCGGAGCUAGCAAUGAUCCGUAUCGCGGCGCACGAGGAGAGCGGGCGGCUGCUGGGCCACCGCGUGCUGCCCGUGGUGGGGCUGUGUCCCGGCUACCGCCACGUCAACCUGCGCACCGAGCUCGGCCUGCCGCUGCCCGCCAGCCUUUUCCUGCUGGUCGUCGUCAAGGACUACGUGCCGGACAAGCUGUCGGAGCUGGCGGAGGCGCUGGCCAACCCGAUCAAGUACCAGAGCGAGCUGGACAAGCGCGAGCACCAGUUGGCCGUGCUCACCGACGGCACCGACGAGCCGCGCCGGCCCAGCACCUACCCUCCUGUAACUAUACUAGUGUUGUACACCCCAUCAGUACCAGAGCGAGCUGGACAAGCGCGAGCACCAGCUGGCCGUGCUCACCGACGGCACCGACGAGCCGCGCCGGCCCAGCACCUACCCUCCUGUAACUAUACUAGUGUUGUACACCCCAUCAGUACCAGAGCGAGCUGGACAAGCGCGAGCACCAGCUGGCCGUGCUCACCGACGGCACCGACGAGCCGCGCCGGCCCAGCACCUACCCUCCUCGAGCUGGACAAGCGCGAGCACCAGCUGGCCGUGCUCACCGACGGCACCGACGAGCCGCGCCGGCCCAGCACCUACCCUCCUUACCAGAGCGAGCUGGACAAGCGCGAGCACCAGCUGGCCGUGCUCACCGACGGCACCGACGAGCCGCGCCGGCCCAGCACCUACCCUCCUUACCAGAGCGAGCUGGACAAGCGCGAGCACCAGCUGGCCGUGCUCACCGACGGCACCGACGAGCCGCGCCGGCCCAGCACCUACCCUCCUUACCAGAGCGAGCUGGACAAGCGCGAGCACCAGCUGGCCGUGCUCACCGACGGCACCGACGAGCCGCGCCGGCCCAGCACCUACCCUCCUUACCAGAGCGAGCUGGACAAGCGCGAGCACCAGCUGGCCGUGCUCACCGACGGCACCGACGAGCCGCGCCGGCCCAGCACCUACCCUCCUUACCAGAGCGAGCUGGACAAGCGCGAGCACCAGCUGGCCGUGCUCACCGACGGCACCGACGAGCCGCGCCGGCCCAGCACCUACCCUCCUUACCAGAGCGAGCUGGACAAGCGCGAGCACCAGCUGGCCGUGCUCACCGACGGCACCGACGAGCCGCGCCGGCCCAGCACCUACCCUCCUUACCAGAGCGAGCUGGACAAGCGCGAGCACCAGCUGGCCGUGCUCACCGACGGCACCGACGAGCCGCGCCGGCCCAGCACCUACCCUCCUUACCAGAGCGAGCUGGACAAGCGCGAGCACCAGCUGGCCGUGCUCACCGACGGCACCGACGAGCCGCGCCGGCCCAGCACCUACCCUCCUUACCAGAGCGAGCUGGACAAGCGCGAGCACCAGCUGGCCGUGCUCACCGACGGCACCGACGAGCCGCGCCGGCCCAGCACCUACCCUCCUUGUUGUACACCCCAUCAGUACCAGAGCGAGCUGGACAAGCGCGAGCACCAGCUGGCCGUGCUCACCGACGGCACCGACGAGCCGCGCCGGCCCAGCACCUACCCUCCUGUGAAAUCGCAGCUGACUCAGGACGGCAGCCCCAACAAGCCGCCGUGCGCGCCCGAGCCGCCCGCCGAGAACAGCGCGCCGCCGCCGGUCGUCGAGCCCGUGGAACCGGUGACAGAACCACCAGAGUGCAAAUCUAACGGCGGCGCAGAGGAACCCGUAUCGGAAACGCUGGACGCGCUGCUGUCGCUGAAGGUGGUGAAGGAAAAGCGCUCAGAGCUGGCGCGCAAACUCGACGCGCUUCGACGCAAGUACGACAAGGAGAAGCGUCCGCUGUCGGCGUACGUUAGCACCAAGCUAGUCAAAAAGCUUUCGUCCAAGAAUAUCAGCAUCGGCGAGGCCAGCUCCAGCGACGAGGGCGCAGGCGCGGGCGCGGGCGCGGGCGCGGGCGCGGGCGCGCCGGGCAGCGCGGAGGCGGCGGCGGCGGAGCGCGAGCUGCGCCUGCGCUACCACCACGCCAUCUACGCCGCGCUCGACAAGCACGUCAUGCUCGACCAGCAGCGCCAGAUGCGCGCGCUCACCGUGAGUACACGCCGUUACGCGGAGGCGGCGGCGGCGGAGCGCGAGCUGCGCCUGCGCUACCACCACGCCAUCUACGCCGCGCUCGACAAGCACGUCAUGCUCGACCAGCAGCGCCAGAUGCGCGCGCUCACCGUGAUACACGCCGUUAGCGCGGAGGCGGCGGCGGCGGAGCGCGAGCUGCGCCUGCGCUACCACCACGCCAUCUACGCCGCGCUCGACAAGCACGUCAUGCUCGACCAGCAGCGCCAGAUGCGCGCGCUCACCGUGAUACACGCCGUUAGCGCGGAGGCGGCGGCGGCGGAGCGCGAGCUGCGCCUGCGCUACCACCACGCCAUCUACGCCGCGCUCGACAAGCACGUCAUGCUCGACCAGCAGCGCCAGAUGCGCGCGCUCACCGUGAUACACGCCGUUAGCGCGGAGGCGGCGGCGGCGGAGCGCGAGCUGCGCCUGCGCUACCACCACGCCAUCUACGCCGCGCUCGACAAGCACGUCAUGCUCGACCAGCAGCGCCAGAUGCGCGCGCUCACCGUGAUACACGCCGUUAGCGCGGAGGCGGCGGCGGCGGAGCGCGAGCUGCGCCUGCGCUACCACCACGCCAUCUACGCCGCGCUCGACAAGCACGUCAUGCUCGACCAGCAGCGCCAGAUGCGCGCGCUCACCGUGAUACACGCCGUUAGCGCGGAGGCGGCGGCGGCGGAGCGCGAGCUGCGCCUGCGCUACCACCACGCCAUCUACGCCGCGCUCGACAAGCACGUCAUGCUCGACCAGCAGCGCCAGAUGCGCGCGCUCACCGAUUUGCUGGACGCGGAAAAGAAAGAGGUUCUCAGCCGACUCGCUAACGACCGCAACAAGGAAGUCAAGGCGCUAGCCAAGAAAACUAACCGAGACAAAGACGAGAUCCUUCGGAUAAAGCGGGAGAUUCACUCGCAGUCGGUGGAGCGCGGGGUGGCGGAGUGCUCGCAGCUGGAGCAGGCGUACGCCACGCGCCGCGAGGCCCUGGCGCGCGCGCACGAGCGCCUGCGCAACGAGCUGCAGCGCCAUCGCGACCAGGUGGCCGUCAUCGGGGCUGGCACCGAUGUCGGUCGCAUUGUCUCGUUGUUCCUGAAGCAGCAGCGAGUGAUUAAGACGCUGGCGCUGUACGACGACAAACCAGAGCGGUACGUGCUGGGCGUGGCCACAGACUUGGCGCACAUCGAUACCAGUACCGAGAUCGAAGCCUAUCAAGGAAGGCAGUUUCUGCAGCAUGCUUUACAUGACUCUGACGUCGUGCUGAUCUGCGGCGGCUGCUACGAGUUGCCCCCUGGCUGCAACGAGCCGGACCGCGAGCUGUUCUUCAAGAACAUGCAGUACGUGCGGACCACCACCACAGCCGUCUCGCAGUUCUGCCCCUACGCCAUCCUCGCCGUGCAGACGCCGCCCGUCGACUGCAACUUCGCACUCUGCGCUUAUACACUGAAGGUCCUCGGCACAUACGACCCACGGCGGGUGCUGGGCGUGAACUCGGUGAACGCCAUGCGCGCCAACCAGCUGUACAGCGCCAUGAUGGGCGACGACCCCAGCAAGUCCCACGUGGCCGUCAUCGGCGGCUGCGGCCGCUGCACAAGGGUGCCAGUUUUCUCCGCCGCUAAGCCGCGCCCCGCCGAUUGCAAUGUGCCCAAGAAAACGUUGAACUGCCUGAGCCGACUCGUGCGCGAAGCCGAUGACAUCAUCUGCAGGGUGAAGAGCAACAAAGAGCAGGGGCAUCUUUCUAUUGGCUUCUCUACUGGAAGAUUCGUGCUGAACAUUAUGAAAGGAAUAUUCGAGUCUCCCACAAAGCUGGACAGUGCGCUGGUGGAACAGCGCGACCCGGUAAAGUGCUACGGCAUGCGAUUCUGCGCCACCCCCGUGACGGUGGGGCGGUUCGGCGUCGAGCAGUACUCCAUCCCACAGCUCAGCGAAGAGGAGCAACACCUGCUCGCAGACGCUAGAUGUGAUUUAGAAGAUAUGUUGAACCUCGGGCGAUGCUACGCUACCGGUGAAGAUUACACUCUACACCCUUGCAGGUACUACGAAGUCGACUGUUGCAACCCACCUCCGUGUCCACAAGUCAGAAGUUCUAAAUAACUACUUACAAAUUACUGAGUCGAUUUAAACUGAAUUAGGGCGAUGAACCUACGUAGCAACAUCGCAGCAUAAACAUAGUCAAGUAAUACAUACAGAUCAUACCUAAUGUAACAGUCUGUAAUUAAAAGUGCUGACCGUUUUAUAUUGUACAGAAUUAUUCGUAAGAUGUGAGCAGGACUAAGCUUAGAUACACAUACGCAUAUGUAGUGGGUUGACUGUCUUACUUCAAUAAAGCACUUGUUUAGUGUU